AUGAUCAGGACUCCCAAUGGAAUAUAUUUGGCCGCAUUUGCAGCUGCUAUUUUCAUGACAUGUGGCGUGGAUGGAUUUAAGACUGUUGGAGAUCUGAAGGUGGUAAUAGAUACCGAUGUAGGCGCCGAUGAUGCUAUGGCAAUCUUGAUGAUGCUGUCCAAACAGAGCAAGGCUCGAGUGAUGGCCAUAACCACUGUUCGAGGAAACACUGGAGUAGAGAAUGCGACGAUGGGUGCCUUACUCACUCUCCAAGUAGCCAAACGCAUGGAAAUACCGGUUUACAUGGGGAGUCCACAAGGCUUGGUAUUUGAGCAGAACUCAACGAACCACUUUGGCUUCGAUGGGCUAGGAGAUAUCUUUGUCAAACCUCCACUGAAGCAGAGGCAAGAUGUACACGCAGCACUAGCUCUUAUAAAUCUGGUGAAGAAGAAUCCUGGUGAAAUAUCACUUCUUUGUAUCGGCCCUCUUACAAAUCUUGCCCUAGCCAUGCACGUCUAUCCGCGACUGAUUAUGGAUCUGAAAGAGGUCGUGAUUUCGGGAGGCUCAUAUAAGGGUCAGGGAAACAUUAGGCCAGCAGUUGAGUUCAAUAUGUAUAUGGAUUCAGAGGCAGCAUCCUACGUGUUCAGCAACGCUAAUAAUAAUAAAUUGAUAACUCUAAUUCCACAUGAAACAAUUGAAGAAACUGCAGUUGACAAAAGUUGGAGGCUGAAAGACCUUGGGAAAAUAGAUUCCGGCUUCGUCAGGUUCUUGAACAAGGCAGAGAAGGUUUCCCUGUCGAGGAAAGAUGACUCCUGGAUGGCUUACGGACAGACCGCGGCGAGUGUCCUUCUUGACCCGGCAAUCGUCACAUCGACCAGGAUGGCCUGGGUGGAUGUGGAGGCGAGCGGCCGGCUCACUCGUGGUGCGAUGAUCCUCAACCAGGACACCAAGCUUAUCAACGUCAGGAUUGUAACCGCUAUCUCUAAAAUAGGACUGGAGAAUAUGCUUCUGUCAUAUCUUAGAGGGUAA